AUGGAUGUAAUAAAAACACUCGUUGCACAUCAAAAUGUAGACGAAAAUACCUUCUUGGCCAUCAAGAACGGGGUGAAGGGCUGCAAGUCUCUACUCCGGUCUCAAGAUGGCCUUUCCCAAAUAUCCUCCUCGUGCAUCCUCGCGCAAGCACCGGCUCCAGCAACUGCACUGGAGAAGGACUUCACUACGAAUGGCACCCAGGGAAGCUUGCAUUGCCCUUUCUCCAAACCCAAUAAAAUGCAAAACGGGAGUGAAGCCAGAAGUGGGAAACACUCUGUCCCCAAAGUCCAAAUUGAGGCCGCCUGUGGCCAUGAGCAUCUGGAUCCCAUCAAGGCCGAGCUAGAUGAACGACGCUCCAGCCACACCCCGUCCGCCCCGUCAUCCAAGGGGGCAUGUCCAGUCUCAAGAUGCCCGAUUCGAUUCUUGGACCAACACUCCCCCGAAGAGAUCGCCGAAUACGUUGAACGACACAAACAUGAAAUCCCCCGGAGCCAUGCUAUAUGUGUCAACCGUUAUCAGAAGAACCCUCAAAACAUGCGACACCUCGAUGCGAAGUAUGGCGGCCUGACCAGUAUGAUCGCCGGGCUCGGAGUCAAACACCAAGCCUUCUUGCCGGAGUGUCAAAACGGGGAGGGUAACUCAUCAAGCUCAGCAUCGACUCAACGAGUUGAGAGAUGGGCUGAGAACGUGGACCCCACCACACCCGCUCAAAGCUCCCAGGAUACUCAGAACGAAGAUGAUAACCGCCAGAGUCACUUUGACCGUCCCCUCCGCGAGGUUCGCGUGGGUGAAUCCCCGAGCCGGCCUUGGGGCAUUUCAGUCCCUGUCACACACCUCCCACCCGCCUCAGCGCCGUUUAAUGGAUCGGCGUCUGGGCCCAUCUCCCCCGAUCCCCAAUCCGAUAAAUCCAACAACGUCGAUACGUCCGCCACCCCCGCCAAACCUACCGGAUGUCCAUUCGGUCAUGAUAAACCAAAGCCCGUACCCUCCAAACCCGUGCUUUCAAAGCCCGAGGCCGAUGCACCUCAAAGGGUUGACGGGCCUGAGAAUUUGCCCCGGGCAGAAGAGACACCUGCGAAACCUGGCUGCCCAUUCGGCCACGAUAAGAAGGCUGAAGGCCCAAAAGCUGAAACGCACCCCAUGAAGAACUGGCCCCGAGAGGGGGUCCAGGAUCAAACUGCCGAAAAAACACCGGCUGCCCAGUCUGCUUCCGUCAGCGAGGACCCAACUUCCAAACCCGGUAUACCGUCCACCAUCCGCUGGCCCUUACGUACGUUCACCUCUCACCCCCAGAGCUACCAUCUACCUUGGGAGCCACUGCCCCCCACUUCCACGGCAGCAUCUCUACAUUCGAAGCUCAACGCUAACCCCCCACAGUCCCAGGCCAUCCGUGCCAACGGCCAGAUCUUCGUUUCCGGCCAGAUCCCCGCUGAUACCUCCGCCAACCUGAUUGAGGGUAACAUCGGAGACAAGACCCAGGUCUGCUGCGACAACAUCAAGGCCAUCCUGACCGCCGCCGGCUCCAGCGUGUCCAAGAUCGUCAAGGUCAAUGUCUUCCUCACUGACAUGGCCAACUUCGCUGAAAUGAACGCCACCUACGAGAAGUUCUUCGUCCACAAGCCUGCUCGCAGCUGUGUUGCCGUCCACCAGCUGCCCAAGGGUGUGCCCGUUGAGAUUGAGUGUAUCGCUCUGGAGUAA